AUGACGCUGUUUGCCUUGGUUCUGGCAGCUCUGGCAGCGGUCCAGAUCCGAGCGGGAGGACAUGCAGGACACGAACACCUGGCAGUCGUCCGGGUCUUUUCGACCGAGGAGGAGCUGCAGCUGCUUUACAACAGCGACCCACAGUGGGAUAUGAACGGUUCAAUUCCGUGCACCACAAAGUCGAACAUGAGCGAGAUCGAUCUCAUCUUGGUCUACAGCAAGGACCUGGAGAUGGAUAAAGAUGCCAAGGGCCUGGUGAGUGAGAUUGAAAUGUCAUUCCACUCGAAGGAGUUCAACUGGAUGAACUGCUUCACAAACAUCAAGAACAUGUCGGCCAAGCUGAAUCCGGAGCAAGACGUCUAUGACAACCGCGGCUACACCACGAACAAGCAUUGGGUCUCCGGCCCCAAUGCCGUCUUCUCAAAGAUCAUGAUGGCCAUGAUGGAGGGCGAGUUCAACGACACGUACGACAUCUUCUUCCUCAUGGAGAUGGACGCGGUUCCCAUCAAGGACCACUGGCUCGACCAGUUCGAGACGGAGGCCCAUGAGAUGGCCGACAAUAGCAUGGCCAUCCGCGGGAGCCAGUACCUGGGCGACAAGUGGGACCUGUUCAAAGCGAUGAUGCCGACCUACCUGGUGGAGCACAUCAACGGCAAUGCCAUGUACAACCUCAAGCACCCCUGGACCAAGGCGGUGUACGAUGCAUUCAAUAGCAUGGAUGGCGGCAACAUGAUGGAAGAAAUGGCCUUCGACGUCGCGUUCGCCAUGAUUACCAUGGAUGCGAUGUCCGGGAACACGAGCCAGUUCGCAGCUGCUUGGGCAGCUGCAGGGGGAAACAGCCAGACCUACAACUGGGACUCCAUGCUUGUGGGCAACUACGCCAACACCCUUCUGAACACCAGCUUCGAGUUCCCGACCUACAUCCGCCAUGGCUCCAGCAAGAACCUGUUCGCAAACUUGGACGACGAGCACGUGACGUUGGGAGUUGCAGUGUUCGAUCACCAGGGACACUUGAAGGACACCAUCCCCACGCACCACCCGUUCAAGAAGAUCCUGGCCUUGACCUAUUACCCGCAUCCGCAAAUGGUUGACAUGUACGAGGCUCCGGCCGGCAACGUGACCAUGACGACACAGGCAGCCACGGGCGAUCCCUUUUACCACCUCUGCGAGACCGCCAGGCUCGUCGACACCAAGUGGUUCGCCCUCACGGACAACUACCACAUCAUCAAAGCACCGGUGAGCGUUCUGAUGGACAUGGGCGACAAGCCAGUGCUGCCGUACGUCCUGAGAAACUCCAAGUAUUGUGGUGAGCGUCCGAACUGUGAGGCGUCCAUGUUGCAAGCAGAGGGCCUCUUCAGCAUCACCUUGAACUACCACCACGACAAGUACGAGGUGCUGUACAAGACGGACGAUGCCAAGAUGUUCUGCGAUGCAUGGGACCUUGCAACAGGCAGCACUGCGAACGAGUCGUGGGCAAAUUGCAGCUUGUCCUUCGGACCAACCGGAGACGACUACAUCGCCUGGAAAAUCAGCGUGGACCAGAACAUCACCGAGGAGUUCACUCCUAAGGACAAGACACGCUACGGAUGGCGAGCCUGGACGAGCCUGUGGAACCCGGCCCCGGUCGACUCUCGAAUGUGCACGCCGAUGCUCUACGGCCCGAAGGAAUAUCUGGAGACGCUUGGCAACAUCUCCCACUGUGCGGUUGACUACGUUGAGAAUGCGGCAGCAUGCGAAUCGGAUACCACGUGCGAGUGGAAGGCCAUGUUCGAAUCCGGUGUGUGCUUCCAGGAUCCAAAGAGCGUCACCCCGACGACAACCGUGGCAGGAGUGACCUACAGCACCAUCGAAGUCACGUUGCCACUCACCGUGGACGAUGCGGCUGCCAUCCUCAACAACGCCACCGUGCAGGAUGCCAUGAAGACAGGUUUUGCACAGGCGAUGGACGUGCCUGUUUCGGAUGUGAUGCUUGAGAUUCAGGCAGUUCGACGCCUGACUGCUCACACCAGGAAGCUUCAGACCGAGCUGCUGGCCAUCUUCAGUGUCGUGAUGCCCAGCCUUGAGGACGCCAUCGUGAAGCAGGUGGAGAUCGAGACCAUCUCCUUGGAUGCAACCAAUGAGGCUAUCGCCAGUGCUGUCGCGAGCGUGGGCUUUUCGGGUGCCUUGGAGGUCACCGGCAAGAUGACCAUGCGUGAGCCGCCCAGCUCGGCCAUCGCGGGCACUGCCUCCGCCGCCGUCCUGGGGUUUGGCACGCUUGCAUCUGCCAUGACGCUGUUUGCCUUGGUUCUGGCAGCUCUGUCAGCGGUCCAGAUCCGAGCGGGAGGACAUGCAGGACACGAACACCUGGCAGUCGUCCGGGUCUUCUCGACCGAGGAGGAGUUGCAGCUGCUUAACAACAGCGUCCCACAGUGGGAUAUGAACGGUUCAAUUCCGUGCACCACAAAGUCGAACAUGAGCGAGAUCGAUCUCAUCUUGGUCUACAGCAAGGACCUGGAGAUGGAUAAAGAUGCCAAGGGCCUGGUGAGUGAGAUUGAAAUGUCAUUCCACUCGAAGGAGUUCAACUGGAUGAACUGCUUCACAAACAUCAAGAACAUGUCGGCCAAGCUGAAUCCGGAGCAAGACGUCUAUGACAACCGUGGCUACACCACGAACAAGCAUUGGGUCUCCGGCCCCAAUGCCGUCUUCUCAAAGAUCAUGAUGGCCAUGAUGGAGGGCGAGUUCAACGACACGUACGACAUCUUCUUCCUCAUGGAGAUGGACGCGGUUCCCAUCAAGGAUCACUGGCUCGAUCAGUUCGAGACGGAGGCCCAUGAGAUGGCCGACAACAGCAUGGCCAUCCGCGGGAGCCAGUACCUGGGCGACAAGUGGGACCUGUUCAAAGCGAUGAUGCCUACCUACCUGGUGGAGCACAUCAACGGCAAUGCCAUGUACAACCUCAAGCACCCGUGGACCAAGGCGGUGUACGAUGCAUUCAAUAGCAUGGAUGGCGGCAACAUGAUGGAAGAAAUGGCCUUCGACGUCGCGUUCGCCAUGAUUACCAUGGAUGCGAUGUCCGGGAACACGAGCCAGUUCGCAGCUGCUUGGGCAGCUGCAGGGGGAAACAGCCAGACCUACAACUGGGACUCCAUGCUUGUGGGCAACUACGCCAACACCCUUCUGAACACCAGCUUCGAGUUCCCGACCUACAUCCGCCAUGGCUCCAGCAAGAACCUGUUCGCGAACUUGGAUGAUGAACAUGUGACGCUGGGAGUGGCAGUGUUCGAUCAUCAGGGACACUUGAAGGACACCAUCCCCACGCACCACCCGUUCAAGAAGAUCCUGGCCUUGACCUAUUACCCGCAUCCGCAAAUGGUUGACAUGUACGAGGCUCCGGCCGGCAACGUGACCAUGACGACGCAGGCUGCCACGGGCGAUCCCUUCUACCACCUCUGCGAGACCGCCAGGCUCGUCGACACGAAGUGGUUCGCCCUCACGGACAACUACCACAUCAUCAAAGCACCGGUGAGCGUUCUGAUGGACAUGGGCGACAAGCCAGUGCUGCCGUAUGUCCUGAGAAACUCCAAGUACUGUGGUGAGCGCCCGAACUGUGAGGCGUCCAUGUUGCAAGCAGAGGGCCUCUUCAGCAUCACCUUGAACUACCACCACGACAAGUACGAGGUGCUGUACAAGACGGACGAUGCCAAGAUGUUCUGCGAUGCAUGGGACCUUGCAACAGGCAGCACUGCCAACGAGUCGUGGGCAAAUUGCAGCUUGUCCUUCGGACCAACCGGAGACGACUACAUCGCCUGGAAAAUCAGCGUGGACCAGAACAUCACCGAGGAGUUCACUCCGAAGGACAAGACACGCUACGGAUGGCGAGCCUGGACGAGCCUGUGGAACCCGGCCCCGGUCGACUCUCGAAUGUGCACGCCGAUGCUCUACGGCCCGAAGGAAUAUCUGGAGACGCUUGGCAACAUCUCCCACUGUGCGGUUGACUACGUUGAGAAUGCGGCGGCAUGCGAAUCUGAUACCACGUGCGAGUGGAAGGCCAUGUUCGAGUCCGGUGUGUGCUUCCAGGAUCCAAAGAGCGUCACCCCGACGACAACCGUGGCAGGAGUGACCUACAGCACCAUCGAAGUCACGUUGCCACUCACCGUGGACGAUGCGGCUGCCAUCCUCAACAACGCCACCGUGCAGGAUGCCAUGAAGACAGGUUUUGCACAGGCGAUGGACGUGCCUGUUUCGGAUGUGAUGCUUGAGAUUCAGGCAGUUCGACGCCUGACUGCUCACACCAGGAAGCUUCAGACCGAGCUGCUGGCCAUCUUCAGUGUCGUGAUGCCCAGCCUUGAGGACGCCAUCGUGAAGCAGGUGGAGAUCGAGACCAUCUCCUUGGAUGCAACCAAUGAGGCUAUCGCCAGUGCCGUCGCGAGCGUGGGCUUUUCGGGUGCCUUGGAGGUCACCGGCAAGAUGACCAUGCGCGUUCCUGAACCGACCACGACCACCACGACUACGACCACAACGACAGAGGCCAGUGGCAACACCACCACCACUACCGAGGGCGGUGACGAUGGGGACGAUGGCAAGGGAGACGACGGGGACGAUGGAGACGACGGCGAUGAGGAGCCGCCCAGCUCGGCCAUCGCGGGCACCGCCUCCGCCGCCGUCCUGGGACUUGCCGUCGCACUCUUGGCCUGA